AUGGUUGCGAUAGGCUAUUUUUUUUUUGCCAUAGUAAUAAUUUUUAUUUUUGCAAAAUAAAUAGAAUUAAUACUUAAAAUAUUACUAAAAUGGUAUAAAAUGAAGGAGAAUUUUGCGGAAAAUAUUUAAAAAUAAAGGAAUUAUUUUAAUUUCACUAAAGAUAAUCUUAAUAAAAUAAAAUAUGUAGAUAUUAUUCUUACAAAAGUAUUUUUAUUUAAGCUUAUUAGAGUAUGUAUGUAUCAUUAUUAAAAUUUUAUGAUUUUAUAUUCAAAUAUAGUUUAUUUCAUGAUAAAAGGUUUAUGUUUUGGUUUUAUUAGCAAUUUCUUUAUUGCUGAGCAAAAAAGCGAUUGCCUGAUAAUUGUUUCUUUGUUUGUAAGUCUGUUUGCUUGUUUGUUUGUAUUUUUGGAAUAGUGUUUUAAUACUUUUAUAUUUUUUUGCUUUUUGUUUGCUUUAUUAAUUAGCUUGACGAAAUAUUCGGUUUGCUUGGUUAAUAGAUAGAUCUGUUAAGAAAUAAAGUAAACAGAAAUUUAUUUGCUGGUUUAAUUAGAAGAACUUUUUUGA